AAAAACAAAACAAAAAAACCGAAUUUCUCUGUCAUAAUCCUCAACAACAAACUGAACGAGUAAAAAAAAAAAAAAAACACACACACACACAAAACAAAAAAGUAAAUUCCCCAUUCUUGCAUCCUCGCGUUUCAAUCAGGAAAAUGGAUCUCAUCUCCAUCCUCGCACCCUCUUCUUCUACAAUCUGAACCACGACGAACGAUGCCCCCGAUUGAUUACAGACACCGUCUCCGUAUCCAUCAUCAGGUGAUCAUCGAUCGAUGUCGCACUCGCAGCAGCCGUGCGCGGCGUGCAAGCUGCAGAGGCGGAAAUGCACGCAGGAGUGCAUCUUCGCCCCGCACUUCCCGCCCGACCAGCCGCAGAAAUUCGCCAACAUCCACAAGGUGUUCGGCGCCAGCAACGUGGCCAAGCUGCUGAGCGAGCUCCCGGCCACGCACCGCGAGGAGGCCGUCAACUCCCUGGCCUACGAGGCCGACGCCCGGCUCAAGGACCCGGUCUACGGCUGCCUGGGCCAGAUCUCCAUCCUCCAGCACCGCCUGAAACAGCUCCACAUGGAUCUCGACGCCGCGAAGCAGGAGCUCGUCAAGUACAUGGGCCCUCAGGCCCAUCACUUCCCUGCUCUCAUCCCAAACACCACCACCAACAACAACUCUGCUUUCCAACAAAACAACAACAACAACAUGAUACACAUGGUGGGAAUUCCCGCGGCUCAUCAUCACCACCAGCAGCAGCAGCAGGAGAUGUUCAGGGCGUACGAGCAAAACCAACAACGUCAUCAUCAUCAUAUCAAUCAUGAUCAAGAAGUGAUUGGGUUCGGGAGUGGUGUGAUUAGUGAAGAUCAUCAUCAUCAUCAUCAUGUUGGGAAUAAUUCGAUUCACGAUGGGUUUGACAACGAGAUUAGCGGUGUUGGUGGGGAUGUCGAGCCGUGUUUGGCCCUUGGGAGCAUGGAUCAUCAUCAUCAAUCCCAAGUCGAGAUUCCUGCUCAGGAACAACUGUUCUUUCAACUGGAGCAGCAGGAACAGCCGGAUGCGAAUAAUAAUUAUCAUCAUCAGCAGCAGAGUCCGGGGAGUGAUGAAGGUAGGAGCUUAGGUCCUUCUCUCUGCUAA